UCAGCUCAGUUAUCGCUUGGCGGUCGGUGCGUUCGGUUCUCUUCGGAAUAGUGGAACAAGUGAGUUUAAUAUUGGUUGUAAGGAACAGUUCAGCAUAGGAAAAUUUUUGGAGAAUCGGUUGGAAGAUUAGUGACAAUGAGAGUGAUUUUAAGAAGUGUAUAACACGGUGGAUCAAGUGUGUCGUUAUAGAAGUUAAACAUUAUUGUGCGACUACGAUUCUUAGAAAUUCUAAGGGAAACGUGGUUAAUUACCUGCAAGCAUGGGAGUCACUACGUGGAUUACAGUUCUGACAUUCCUCGCUAGUGUUCGUCAUGGAACGAUGUUUGAUAUAUUUCCCUUGAACAACGAAAUUGUGUACCGGCUGGAGACGGAUGUUACUCUGGUGCCUGACUUUCAAGCGCAGUCCAAUUAUAUUUGGACUCUUACUGGACAGCUGCGGGUGCAGCGGUACGAUCCGAAUAACUUGGCGGUUCAGAUUGCUCUAGACGGCGCAGAUUCUCCACACAAAAGCAAUGUGACCGCCCUGUUGGACCCGUUCCGUGUGGCUAUCGCGAGCGACAGUUCCGUGCUGAGUGUUCUGUUCAAAGAGAAUGAACCCCUCUGGUCUGCCAACAUCAAACGUGCGGUGGCCUCGCUGCUCCAAGCGCACGGCGAUAGUGCCGGAGCGUACGUGGUCGAUGAGCAGGGUAUCUUCGGUACCUGUCCGACGGAGUAUUUUGCGGUCAACAAAUCGAAUGUGUUUGAGAUAUCGAAAACCUACGAUAUGGGUAGGUGCAACAUUUAUCCGGGUGCGAUUUAUCUGACGAGAAGCAACAUUCCGCUGAAUAUCUGUAUGGUUAAUAAGCAGAAUCAGGCGAUGACGUCGAGGAUUGCCAAUUACAAGUUGAAGAAGGUUGAACCGUACAAGUACAUGCUGCUGGAGAUGGAUGGCACAAUGCGGACCAAUGUUCGGACCUUCGAAUCGUACUAUCCACAGUUUCUGUACACCAAGGUUCAGCUGAAGUAUGAAAGUCACAGCGUGAUCGAGAGCCAGGAAAAAGUUUUCAACAUUGAUCAGGGAAUGUCACUGAUGUUCAGUCCAGUUUUGUUUGUUAGUCCGGAAGCGGAAGCAACUGGUGGACGAAGUCCCAGAUCUCAGGAGAAUUUGGUUAAACGGACGGCUGACUUGCUUAGCACGUUGGCGGAUAAUUUGGAAUCGAUUGAUUCGAAACUGAAGGAACCGUACGAUGAAACGGUAUCGGAAAUUAUUCGCUUGGUGGGAACGAUGGAUCUGAAGACGCUCAAGUUGUUAUUUGAGGAGAUUGAUUUGGGAACGUCAUAUCGACAGGAAACAGCUAGAAAUAUUCUGCUGGAGAUUAUCCCUAGAACGGGAACCUCGCCAACCAUUCUGUUGACACGUGAUCUGAUCAUCAAUCAGCAGGUGAAUCCAUCGACUGCUGUACAGUUGUUGAUUUCGCUACCUUUCUACAUGUCCGAGCCGUCGUACGAAUUGGUUAAAGAGUGUGAGGUUUUCCUCAGCUUCGGAGCUGAUCGUCCGGAUAUCAAACACGCUGCGGUACUCAGCUAUGCGACCAUGAUCUACAAUACGUUUGUAGCGGGUAAAAUGACUGCCGAUCUGUUUGAAAAAUAUGUUAAAAUCUAUUUUGACAUGUUUCUGAAUAGCUUCGAGUAUGAGCAGCAGAUGCUGUACCUGGAAGCCCUCGGAAAUCUUCAGUUAGAGAACGUAGCCGAAUAUCUGGAUCCGAUCAUCAAGGCAGAUUACGCGCAAAAUACUGACAUCCGCUUCCUGGCUAUGUGGGCAACAAUGCCAACAGCGCAUUUACGUCCGAAUCAAGUGUACGAAACUUAUUGGCCAAUUUUUCAUUCGAAAACAAGUCCUCUUCAGUUGCGAGUUGCAGCCUUCACCAUGUUGCUGGUGUCCAAUCCGACACCGGGCCGGCUUCUGGGGCUGUAUAGUGUUAUCAAGACGGAAAACGAUCCGCACAUGAUCAACUUCUACCGGACCACGGUACUCAGUAUAUCGGAAACAACUUAUCCUUGUUAUCAACAUUUGAAACAGCUGCUAGCCUACAUGACACGCCAACUGCCAAAAGCUCCAUCGUCCAAGUACUGGGUUACGGGAAACUAUCUGUUUGAUUACAGAGAUCGUAAGUUCCAUAUAGGAUCGAUGCUGCAAGCGAUGCUAGUUGGUAGUCACAAAACCGAUCUUCCUAUGGUCGUUUACGCCAAAUUCGACACGGAGGCACUUGGACGCUUUACCGGCCAACUAGGGCUCUAUAUCAAAGCCCGUGGCUUAACGGACGCCGUGCUCCAACGACUAACGAAGCUCAACUCCAGCUAUUUGAAACUAGACCGGCUCACCAGUAUCCUGAAAACGAUGAAAAUGCCGACUGUUAGUCCGAUCCCGCUUCAUUUUGAGUUCAUUGUUCAAUUUGAAGGCAAAGCGGUACUUUCAUACCACUUGAAUCAAACAACUUUCCACAACCUGACGGAUGGUGAUCUGAUUAACCGCAUCAACUUUCUGCUCCGGGACAGCCACAUCAACAUGCAGAUUGUUCGCAGACCGUUUAUGAUCAAGUACGCCCUACCGACACUGAUCGGGACCCCGGCUGACAUCCUGAUAGAAAAUACCGUACUGGCGACCAUCCGAGGAAACACCACACAGCAGAUGAUGAUGGACAAAGUAGCCCGUAGCAAUCAGGUUGACCUGAGGUACUCGUCCUACGCGGUAGUCAAAAUACGCAGCUACAACCCAAUCGAAGACAUUGAGUACUCCACCAUCCGGGAGCAGGGUUUCUUGGUGUACAUCCCAAUCAACAAUGAGAUAGUUUGGGACAUUGCCAGCAAAUCAAUCAGCUAUGCUUUCUAUCGACCUGAUGGUUUAACUAACGGUAUCUCUUUGAAAAGCAGAACUCGUAAUACGCCUUCGGAUGCGUUGAUCCUUCGGGAUAAACUCGAGCCUAAGGAGGAAGAAAUCGCUUCAUUCGACUAUGCAUUUGAAGAUUUGGGUAUCCAGUUUAUGGCUAGAGCUCACGAAGAUUACACCAAGGAUAAUGUAAUGUUCAUGCUGGAGACGGACGUUUUGGACAACGCCAAAGUGCUGUCAAGGGCACCAUUCUCACUGGUGAACCAUGUACUACGAAUGAUCAAUCUGAUUCAAUUGAACACAAUUCACAUUGGUAGAGAUAAGCAUCUCACGCUUCUGGUCUCCAACAAGCAAAAAACUCGCCUCCAGGGAACUCUCAAAUGGGAGGUGGAAAACUAUUCACGCCAGACGAACGUCGGUGAGAACGAAGUGUUCCGUAUCAAUCUGAUUUUGGCACACACCAUCCCCAAACCGGAAGGCAGCCGCGAUGAAGUCAAAGUGCUGCAUAAAUGGGAACUCACUUCGCAGUUCACCGAUUACAAGAACAACAACGGAGCCAAAUUCUUCUUCUCCCUCACCCGGCAGGAAUCGAACAAUGCGAACUGGAAGCUCUGCCUCUUUGCCGAUUACAAACCGUUGGUGUUUCUGAAGCGUCCCUUUAGCCUAAUAGGUCACGUGGCUUUCAAUGAAACGCGAGUGCCGAAACGGUGCCCGGAAAUACCACGCAUCACGUUCAACAUUUCCUACCAUUUGCCUAAAUAUGUACACGACUUCUACAACAUUUUGGACACGGGUGAUGCAAACUGUCCCAAGGAAAUUCUACGACUCUCACCGCCACCCUUCUCGGGUAACUGUAGCGCGGAAACAUUCGCUCCGUUGACCACGGUUUCCGGUCUGGAUGCCAGCUUCAAAUUUGAGCAGCUUCCACCGUGGAUUGUUAACCUGCUUCACCGGCUUGACCAUCUGGCCUCGGCAGUAGUGCCACGACGCGUUCAAACGUUGAACAUCACUGACCACCUGGAUGUGAACAUUAAAACGACCCGUUGGAGCAGUGACACCGACAUAACCAUCAAUGGUGGCACAAUCUGGAUUCCGACGCGGUACUAUUACAACGAGAAACUCAACCAUCCGAAGAGAAGCAGUAUGGAUUAUGGAUUGACUAGUAUGUGCAGUUUGGUUAACCAAAAGCUGACCACCUUCCAUGACCGAGUCAUCCAGCUGACCGCAGACGUUAGACAGGAGUUCCGACUGAACGAUUCGUUCCUGUUGACAGCUGACUGUUCGGACAUUCCGAAAAUUGCCAUCUUCAUGCUGGACAACGGUAAAGGCAUCCAAAUCUAUACCGGAGGAAACUACGUUGUGUACGAAACGACUGGUCAGCAAGAGUCGGAACCGAUUCUCAACGUCAACGAUGAACAGUUGAUAAAUCUGAAAAAUGUGGUUUACCAGUAUCCACCCGAUGAGGAGAUUUAUGACUUCCGGGUGUACCUUAACGAUGAGGAUGUGCUGAUUGUGGAAAAUCAAUUGAAUGGAGCCGUGGUACAGUACGAUCGGAAAUCGAUUGUCAGCAUUUUGCUACCGACGGUGCACAAGGGACGGAUGUGUGGAUUGUGCAGCAGUCAAGCUCACUAGCAUGAGGAUAACUACUAUAUAUUUUGCUUACGGUACGAAGAAACUUGUCUAAUGCUCUCUAAAUAUUUAGUUUACGCUUCGUAGCUGUAUGAUUUUUACUCCUAAAUGACUGGUGCUGGCAUGAGAAUGAUAAUCACUAUCUGAAAUAAAGUGUCCCUUUUCCAUAUAUAGCCCAAUUAAGUUAGCUAUUCUUCCAUGCUCGAGAGAAAGCUAUAAAAAGAGCUCGCUAAUAUAUACCUACGUACCGAAUUUCUUACCCGUUAUAUACUGAAAUCACAUUUGAUAAGUCCAUCUUUAACUACUCAUUCUACUUAAUUUGCUGUUCACAAAUAUGAUAUUGAGAUCUAACUAGUUUCAGAAUUAUGGCCAUUCGGAUUUGAAAUUGUAAAAAAUAAAAUA